CAAUUUUCGUGAAUCUUCUGUCCAUAUGUGUUUUUCAUUCUGUCAACAGAGACUCCAUACAUUAUCAUCGUGUUUAGUUUCUGGCAAGGCGAUACACUUUGGCCUUUCUGUACAACCCAACGAUAGUGCCAUCUAGUGGGAGUAAAGAAGACGCCUUUGAUAGGUAUGUGCUAGAAGCAGAGCAGUGACGUAAUUACAUUUAAUGCAUCAAGCGCAUGCGCAGUACAAAGCAGAUGAAAACAGCUGGAGGAGAAGGCCCACAAUGCAAUUCUCUCGCCUCCACGGGUUAAGCCUGUUCUGAUUUUCAAGCCUGCCUUGGUGAAUGUCUGUAAUGGCUGCACCUAACGGAUUCAGAGUCUACUACGAUGCGUCUGACUAAGACGCCGCGGGGAAGGAGAGAACCAGACCGGAGGGGACCCGUCUGAGGUCCAGACUCAGGAUGACCACCGGCUUCAGCUCCAGUUCCGUCCGCUUCGCAGAUUACUUCGUGAUUUGCGGACUCGACACAGAAAGCGGUCUGGAACCAGACGAGCUCUCUGCUCUAUGCGAGUAUAUAAAGGCCUCUAGACACAGAGAUGGUGCCAGAGGAGAGAGCUUGGGUGCAGAUGAAGGGGAGAACUUUGAGCAGAGUCCCCUGAGGAGAACCUUUAAGUCGAAGGUUCUGGCCCACUACCCUGAGAAUGUGGAGUGGAACCCCUUCGACCAGGAUGCUGUUGGCAUGCUCUGCAUGCCGAAGGGCUUGUUCUUCCGCACGCAGCAGGAGGUCUGUGAACCGCAGUUCCACACCUUUAUCAUCACGCGUGAGGACGGCUCGCGCUCCUACGGCUUCGCCCUGACCUUCUUCGAGGAGGUUCGCUCGGCGCAGAUCUGCAGCGCCAUGCAGACGCUCUACCACAUGCACAACGCCGCGCAGUACCACAUCACCCAGCAGGCCCCGCCCCCGGCCACGCCCCCGGCCCCGCCCGAGCGCCCCGGCCCCUCCCGCCUGCUGCAGCGCUUCAACUCCUACGACAUCACGCGCGACACGCUCUACGUCUCCAAGUGCAUCUGUCUGCUGGCGCCGCUGGCCUUCCAGUCCGCCUGUCAGAAGGUUCUGGAACAGCUGCACCGCGCCGCCACCUCCCCGCAGCCCCCGCCCCUGCCCCUGGAGAGCUACGUCUACAACGUGCUGUACGAGGUGCCGCUGCCCCCUGCUGGCCGCUCGCUGCGCUUCAGCGGCAUCUACGCGCCUGUGGUGUGCCAGAGGCCCAGCACUGCGGAGCUGCCGCUCUUCGACUUCCCCCUGGCCGAAGUCUUCCUCCUGCUGGGCGCCGACAACGUGCUGCAGCUCUUCACCUGCGCCCUGCUCGAGAUUCAGAUCCUGCUCUACUCCCAGCACUACCAGCGGCUGAUGACGGUGGCAGAGAGCAUCACGGCGCUCAUGUUCCCCUUCCAGUGGCAGCACGUGUACGUGCCCAUCCUCCCCGCCUCCCUCAUGCACUUCCUGGACGCCCCCGUCCCCUACCUCAUGGGCCUGCAGUCCAACGGCUCACAGGACCGCUCGAAACUAGAGCUACCGCAGGAGGCUAACCUGUGCUUCGUGGACAUUGAUAAUCACUUCAUUGAGCUGCCGGAGGACCUACCUCAGUUCCCUCAGCGGGGGGAGUUUCUGCGGGAGCUGACUGAGGCGCUGCAACGCUUCAACCUGCCACCGGAGGGCAGCGCCACGCCACACCCGCACAGGCCACGCCCACGCUGCCACGAUGACAAGCGCAAUGGCAAUGUGGGCGUGGCUGCUCUGGACUCCGCCCUGCUGCGAGAGAAUGCCACCAUCGCACGUCUGCAGGCGCUUGUCAAGAAGACCGGCAUCAGUCUGGAGAAGGUGCAGGUGGACAGUAAAGAGGAGGUGUGUGACAGUAAGGACGCGAGGCUGCAGUGUAACGCUGAGGAGUGGUGGACGCAGCGUAUGAACAUCCAGGUGCGCGAGGUCUUCGCCAACCGCUUCGCCCAGAUGUUCGCUGACUACGAGGUCUUUGUCAUCCAGCCCAGCCAGGACAAGGAGGCCUGGUUCUCCAACCGAGACCAGAUGCAGAACUUUGACAAGGCAUCCUUCCUGUCGGACCAGCCGGAGCCAUCCCUCCCCUUCCUGUCUCGUUUCCUGGAGACGCAGACGUUCGCCUCCUUCAUCGACUCCAAGAUCCUUCACCAUGACGACGAGGAACACGCACACACCCUGCGCUUGUUUGACAUGCGCGUGGACAGGGUCCGCAUGCUGAACGUGCGCACGCCGACGCUGCGCUCCGAGCUCUACCAGAGAGCCACACACAUCGAGGACGCAGAGAGAGCCAUUGAGGCUCGUCUGAGGAAGAUAGACCACACAGCGCUGCACCCUCACCUGCUGGACAUGAAGAUCGGCCAGGGGCGCUACCAGCCCGGCUUCUUCCCACGCCUACAGGCAGACGUGCUGUCCAGCGGCCCCAGCAGCAACAAAUGGGCAAAGCGAAGUGCUCCUGCUCAAUGGAGGAGGCGUGACCGUCAGAAGCAGCAUGCGGAGCAUCUCUACCUGGACAAUGACCAGCGAGAGAAGUACAUUCAGGAAGCCAGAAACCUGGGCACCACCAUUCGCCAGCCCAAACUGUCCAACCUGUCGCCGUCGGUGAUCGCCCAGACCAACUGGAAGUUCGUGGAGGGUCUGCUGAAGGAAUGCAGGACUAAGACCAAACGUAUGCUGGUGGAGAAGAUGGGCCGUGAGGCGGUGGAGUUGGGUCACGGGGAAGGCAGCAUCACCGGUGUGGAGGAGAACACCCUCAUCGCCAGCCUGUGUGAUCUACUGGAGAGGAUAUGGAGCCAUGGACUACAGGUCAAACAGGGAAAAUCUGCCCUCUGGUCUCACCUGCUUCAUUAUCAGGAGAGUAAAGAGAAGAAGGACACUCCUAGCAGCCUGGGCCCUCCUGGUUUCAUUCAGGAGCAGGGGAGGCGUAAGUCUGACGUUGGUUGCAUCCUCCCCGUCCUCAGAGUCUCUCUCAUUCAAGACAUGAGGCAUGUCCAGAACAUGUGUGAGAUUAAGACCGAGGUGGGCAGAGCGAGGGCGUGGGUUCGUCUCAGCAUGGAGAAGAAGCUGCUCUCCACUCACCUGAAGAUGCUGCUGUCCGACCACGAGCUCACCAAGAAGCUGUAUAAGCGCUAUGCGUUUCUGCGCUGUGACGAUGAGAAGGAGCAGUUCCUUUACCACCUGCUGUCCUUCAAUGCUGUGGACUACUUCUGUUUCACCAACGUCUUCACAACCAUCAUGAUUCCGUACCACGUGUGGGUGAGUUCCGGUAAGAAGCUGGGCGGCUCCAUGUUCACUGCCAACCCCUGGGUGUGUGUGUCAGGGGAGCUCGCUGAGACGGGCGUCCUGCAGCUGCCCAAGAACACACUGGAGAUCACGUUUGAGUGCCAGAACCUGGGCCGUCUCACCACUGUUCAAAUGGGUCAUGACAACUCAGGUCUCUACGCCAAAUGGCUGGUGGAGAGCGUGAUGGUACGAAACGAGAUCACUGGACACACCUACAGGUUUCCCUGUGGUCGCUGGCUGGGUAAGGGGGUUGAUGAUGGCAGUUUGGAGCGUAUCCUGGUGGGGGAGCUGUUGAGCAUCGAGACUGAGGAGCGCCUGAGUCGCACACCACCGAUGCAGCCUUCACCAGGAAUGAUGCGCCGUCUAGUGGCCAUCUCGCCUAAUAGCAAGCCGAAACUGAAUACAGGUCAAAUCCAGGAGGGAGUUGGGGAGGCUAUCAAUGGAAUAGUGAAGCAUUUCCACAAGCCGGAGAAAGAGAGGGGUAGUCUGACUCUGUUGCUGUGUGGUGAGUAUGGACUGGUCUGGGCUCUGGAACAGGUGUUUCUGCACAGCUUCAAGUCCCCACGACUCUUCAAGAACAUCUUCAUCUGGGACUUCUUAGGUAACACUCGUAUUUCUGUGUGUCCAGCCAAUUGA